AUGCCGAAGGUGACGCGCAAGGAGACGGCGGCGGCAGCGGCUGCGCCGCUGCAAGAGGUGGCAUCCACCUCUGGGAUGGACAUCGAGGCCGGCGAGGAGGAGUUGCCACCGAAGCCCAGCUUUGGAGCGCUGUCGGCGAAGGACCAAGCAGGAAACAAGGUCGAGUUCCGCCGGAUCCCUGUCCCGCAGCACCGCAUGACGCCGUUGAAAACAGCCUGGAUGCAGCUUUAUACGCCCAUCACAGAGCACCUCAAACUGGACAUGCGCAUGAACCUUAAGACCAAAAAGGUGGAGAUCAAGACCACGACGUCGACGCAGAGCGGGGACAUGCUGCAGAAGGCCGCCGACUUUGUGCACGCCUACCUGCUGGGCUUCGAGAUCCGCGACGCCAUCGCGCUGCUGCGGCUGGACGACCUGUAUGUGGAGUGCUUUGAGGUGAAGGACGUCAAGACGCUGCGCGGGGAGCACCUGUCGCGCUGCAUCGGGCGGCUGGCGGGCAAGAGCGGCAAGACCAAGUUCACAAUAGAGAACGCCACCCGCACGCGCAUCGUGCUGGCCGACACGCGCAUCCACAUCCUUGGCAGCUUCCAGAACAUCAGGGUGGCGCGCGACGCUAUCUGCAGCCUCAUCCUGGGGUCGCCGCCGGGCAAGGUGUACUCAAAGCUGCGGUCGGUGUGCUCGCGGCUGAACGACAGCUAA